AUGUUCCUUCUAACGAUUAGCAGUGGAUAUUCUCAAAUUGAAAAUCUCCAAGAGUGCGACAAAUACGCUCCACCUAUCGAGUUUUCUCUCCUUGAUUAUGGUUUCCCUGCUCUGAACACCGUCGCCUUCUAUGCUUUCAAAUCGCAGGUCUCGCGAGCGCAACAUUAUUCGAACGAAGAUCAAAGCGUCCCCACCACGUUUCACAGAAUCAACAAAACAGUCACAUUUCACACCGUCUCCCUUAUUGCUGCAAUUUUUGCUAGUCUAUUGAAGAUGCUCGGAUCACUGCAAUAUAUUACUGUUAUCAACUUUCUCAUCGCUGGACACACCCCUUUUGUAAUGUUCGUCACGAUGAGGUCAAUCCUUCGAAAGAAGAGUCCGACUCGUCCAUGUUUCCUAUUGUGCUGCUUCUCAGAAGAAGACACAGAUACUCCACUACCAACAAGGAAACCAGAACCAAUAAGAAAUGAGGUGAUCAAACCCGCAGACAGCCACGAGUCAGAUCCGAUUGAUCCUUCAAAGGAAGUCAAUGUGAAAAUGGUUUGA